AAAUGACUUCUAAUUUUAGUGAGCCCUUUAUUGUUUUAAAAAAUUAUAGACAAUAAUAAUAAGAAGCAAAAAAAGAAUAAACCAAAAUAAAAUCAUAAGUAAAACCAAAAGAACCAUAACCAAAGGAAAUAUAAAAAAAGAUUAAGAAACAAACUAAAAUAAGUUAAAUUCAACAACAAUAAUAACCUAUUGCUUAAAAAAUAGAUCCAAAUCUCUUCUCUAAACUUUUGUAAUAACAUUAAUAACAAUAACUUAUGUUUUAAUAAUUAUUAUAAAAUCCUCAGAUUAAUGUCCAAGAUGAUGAUUUAGACUAAUAUUCUCCAGUUUAUUUAUAUGGAAUUCCUAAGACUCCAUAAAAUAUAUCUCUCCCAAGAGGUUCAAUUAGAGAUGAAGAUGAAUUCAAAAUUUGA